ACACAAUUGUCAAUGUUCAAUCUUUUUGUCUCUGGUGGAAAGUGGUUCAUGGUCUUUUCUACUUUCUUGUCUGCAGGAUGCCUUGAGAGAAACGGAUGAUCAUGAUAUUGGGCCUGCAAUCUCCCAUUUCUUCAACUGUUUUUUUGGAAGCAGUCAAGCUGUUAGCUCUAAAGUGGCUGCUAAUAGUGUGCAGUCUAGAACCCCCAAAAAAGAACAAACAGGCCAUCAAUCUUCAGGAAAGCUGUCCAAGGGACAAGGAAGAUGGAAGGAUGGAGCAUCUACAAGAAAAAAUCAAUCCUCAUUUAUGCAUGUUAGCUCAGAAACUCUAUGGUCUGACAUUCAAGAAUUUGCAAAGCUCAAAUAUCAGUUUGAGCUGCCAGAGGAUGCUAGGACUCAUGUAAAGAAAGAUUCUGUUAUACGUAAUCUUUGUCAGAAGGUGGGCAUUACAAUUGCAGCUCGCAGAUAUGAUCUUAAUUCUGCAGCACCUUUCCAAAUAUCAGAUAUCUUAAAUCUGCAACCUGUAGUGAAACACUCAGUUCCUGUGUGUUCAGAAGCUAAGGAUCUUGUGGAAACAGGAAAGAUCCAACUGGCAGAGGUAUGCACUGUACUUUGUUGUUUAUCAAUGAUUCUUCAAAGAAUUUGUAUCUUGGUAUUGUGAUAGCAUCAGGUUCAG